AUGGAGGAAAAAGAUGAUCAAACAUUGGUCUUAGAGUAGGCUAGGAAGGAUUAAGAAGAAGGAGUUAAAAAUCCUCAUUUGAAUAUAGAUGUGAAUUUCGUUGCUCCAGCACCUAAUCCAGAGUUAGUAGCAAAAAACAGAUUUGUUUUGAUAAGGCAUGGAGUGACUGACUUUAAUUGGCAAUUCAGUGAGGUUGUUGGAAAGUAUGGUUUCUCUUCUCUAGAAUUUAGAGAUCUAAAAGUAGAUACUUAAUACAUUGACAUCCAACUAAGAGAAGAAGGAGUGAUACAAUGUGAGAAAUCAUAAAGUCAUGCAAGCUAGAUCAACUUUAGGUACGUAAUUGUGAGUUAAAUGGUAAGAGCUUGCUAGACAGCCAUUCAUAUCUUCAAGAACCAUCCAAAUAAGGAUAAAAUCAAGUUUAUAGUAAUCCCUCUGGUAAAGGAAGGGCUUAAUACUGGAAAUGACAAAUGUGGAACUUAUGAGAGAAUGAGAAAGAUCAUUGAUCCCUUAGUUACUGAGCACAACCUGCACUUUGAUUUCUCAAUGAUGCAUACAUUUGGGCUACCAGAUCUGAUUCAGAUUAAAGUCACAACAGAACUAGAUAGACUCUAGGAAUUUUAUGAGUAUAUUAGUGAAGAUGGCAAAUGCGAAAUUAAUGGUCACAGUGAACAGCUACUUAAAAUCACUUAUGAUAGGUUUCCCUAUCGUUUGGAGGGUCCAUACGAAAUGUAUGUGAGAGGCAUUUAAUUCAGGAAAUUUUUGAAACACUUUAUUAAUAAUCUUGACCUGAAAGAAGAUGAUAAAAUAGCAGUAGUGAGUCACUCAGCCUUUUUAUCAAGUUUAUCUUGCAAAGGUUUUGAUAGAGAAAAGCAGCUACUUGUUGAACCCGCAUAGAUAUUUAACUGUUAAUUUGUACCUUGGGAAACCUAUGAGGAAUAUUUUUGA